GCAACUGAGUAGCGCUGAUGGCUGCUGGCCGUAUCCAUUCCCGAAGUGCAAUCAUGUACGCUCGGCGGCCAGCAGAUAUCCCGCAUGUCCGGCAGUAAGUCCUUCAGCAGUAGGAGCACACCAGAUGGAGACUUCAUAUUCACUCUAUAUCAGAGAUCUUCACCGUGCUAAGAGCUUUGGCCGUCUACCAGCGAUCCCCCAGAAUAUCAAGCAAGAGAUUUUCACUAAUGGACCUGUUAUCGGGAUGCUUUCUAUUUAUGAAGAUAUCCGAGUAUACAAGGCUGGUGUCUACGUGCACCAAACUGGUAGCUUCCAGGGUAUUCAUACUCUUAAGAUUAUUGGUUGGGGAGUUGAGUCCGGGCAAGAUUAUUGGUUAGCGGUGAACUCUUGGAAUGAGGAAUGGGGUGACCAUGGUAUGAUCAAGCUUGCAGUGGGAAGAACUGGUAUAGAGAACUCUGUGUAUUAUGUCGAACCGGCUUAG